GUUCGAAAGUGGUCCGAUAUCGAAAUUAACGCGCGUAUAUAACCAUACGAACGUACAACAGAAAAUCAGAAAAUCGUAUCGAGCAAAAAUCGUAGAUCCACGCUAACUGAGCAAGGUUGAUUGUUAAGUAGGCUGCGUUGUAAAUUUAAAAAAAAAUCCAAAGAUGUCUGGUCGUGAAGGCGGUAAGAAGAAGCCAUUGAAGGCACCGAAGAAAGAGUCCAAAGAUCUCACCGAUGAGGACAAAGAAUUUAAGGCAAAAUUACAAGCUGAGAAAAAAGCAAUGGAUGCAUUGAAACAAAAAGCAUCACAAAAAGGUCCAUUGACUGGUGGUGGCAUCAAAAAAUCUGGCAAAAAAUGAGAACAAAGAACAUCAACUAUAACACUUACACCAUAUAAAUUAAAAUUCAAUCCGGACCAACAUUUCACACAUAAAUUCCGACUAAAUUCACAUUUGUUUUAUAAUCCGAUGCUGUAAAUCAAAUGAUGUACACGAACACAAUUUUGAUUUUAAAAACACUGCAUUUAUUGAAAACGGAAUUUUUCAAAAAAUAAAAAGUACAAUUUGUAAAAUAAGAAAAGAA